AUGAAGGCUGCCCCCGUCCUCCUCCUCUUCCUCCUCGGCCACACGGGUGGGCGCCCCGUAAGCGAGCUGCUCUACCCCUUCGGGCCGGAGGAGGGGGACAUGGCCACCCCCCGCGAGGACGACGGCAUGAGCCCCGAGAUCCUGCUGUGGGAGACCUUCUCCUUCUACGGGGAGCCCCACCGCUCCCUCUACGUGAACAACAACGGGGUGGUUUCCUUCAGGACGGGGGUCUCCGAGUUCACCCCCAACCCCUUCCCGUUGCCCGGUCACCGUCCCUUCGUGGCCCCAUACUGGGCUGAUGUGGACACCAGACUGGGAGGGGACGUCUUCUACCGGCAAACCCGGUCACCGGAGCUGCUAGCCCGCCUGACCCGUGAGCUGGCCCCCGCCGUGUCCCCCCCCGAGCAAGUCCCCCAACCCACCUGGGCCUUCGUGGCCACCUGGGACCGCGUGUCCUUCUUCGGAGCCGCCUCUGACAAGGUGAACACCUUCCAGGCCGUGCUGGCCACCGACGGCGUCACCUCCUUCAUCAUGCUCAACUACGGGGACAUCCAGUGGACCACGGGCAUCGCCAACCAGGGGGACCCCCACACCGGCCUGGGGGGCAUCCCGGCCCAGGCCGGGUUCAACAGCGGGGACGACGUCCACUACUACAACAUCCCGGGCUCGCGCUCGCCGGCGGUGCUCAACAUCGGCCGCACCAGCAACGUGGGGGUCCCGGGGCGCUGGAUUUUCCGCGUCGACGUCUUCACGGCCACCGAGGGCCCCCCUGUCCCCUCCGAGGUCCCCAGCACCCCCCCACCGCCACCCCCCGCCACCACCCCCCCGCCACCCCCGCCCACCACCACCCGCCGCCGCCGCACCACGGAGGAGGAGAGGGUGUACCUCUGCUAG